GUAGAAUUUUUUGACCGACGCAGUAAGGGGCCGAAGCCUUCCAGAUACUAUGCCCCUGGCAGGCUUGUCCCUGUUGUUGUGGUGGUGGCGUUACCAAGUAACACCCACAAACUAAAGGGUAAGCGCGUCCAUGUUGUUGGUGUUCUUAUGGUGUCAUGGUGGUGGCGUUACCAAGUAACACCCACAAACUAAAGGGUAAGCGCGUCCAUGUUGUUCGUAUUCUCAUGGUGUCAAUGACCUCACUGACCAUGCUCCGUGCCCCUCUUUUGUAAGUGCGUACUUUCAUCGUUGAAGAAUAUUUUAGAAAUAGAAGUACAAGCACUACGCUGCAUUUGGCGGUGAGUCGGGUGUCUGUCGUGUGCUAUUUUUUAUUGAAGAAUAUAAUUUGAGGAACCAAGGAGACCGAAGAUAAAUACUAAAAACUAGAAGUUACAUGCUUCAAAAGAUUGUCAUACUAGAACUAAGACGUAUCUAUUAGAACUAAAUUUAUGGCACGGACGUAGUACUAAAUAUUGCCGGUCGGUACACUAGUGUGGCAUGAGGAAUGACGCAACUUCAGAUAUGACGCUGAGGGCAGCCUUUUGUCGAGCGCUCGCGCUGUCUUAAGCUAAGUAAGUGUCAGGCGAUGCCGCACAAAAGUGCCACCUUCAAUUGCACUAGAGGUAUGAGAAUUGAUAAACAAGAAGUAGAUGAAGAAAAGAAAUCGCAUUACCAUCCAGAAUUUCUUCAUUUUUUUUCGCAAUAGCAUGCUGAUCAUUUUCGUUUAGAGCAGCAAGGUUCUUAAGGCGCGUUUUUUUGUAGAAUUUUUUGACCGACGCAGUAAGGGGCCGAAGCCUUUCAGAUAUUAUGCCCCUGGCAGGCUUGUCCCUGUUGUUGUGGUUUUGGUGUUACCAAGUAACGCCCGCGACCUAAAUGGUAAGCGUGUCCAUGUUGUUGGUAUUCUUAUGGUGUCAUGGUGGUGGCGUUACCAAGUAACACCCCCAAGCUAAAGGGUAAGCGUCUCCCUGGAAGAAGAUGAUUACUUACAUUUAGCGCUUGUUUUCAUAAAGAAGAGUCGUCCCUUCCUCUUGAAUUCUAAGGCCAAUGAGAUUAUUACGUAAAUGUCCAAAAAUGUGGUGCAUGUGCAUUUCGGCUGCAAACUCUGGUUAAUAUAUGAGAUCAACGUGGUUCUUAGCUGGGGUUAUUAUACCGUUGGUCGUGAACAACAAGGCUCUGCUUCUAAUCUAUCAUGAUUGACAGGUAGAUGCUGCAAAAUCGCAUACAAAAUGCAAAAAGGAAAGCCAAAAAAAUGAGGAAACGGUUCCGGUUCGUGAGGUAGAACCAACUUCGAACCUACCCCGACUGCUCUCAUAUUCAU